UGGGGAGGGAUGCAGCCCAUCGGCAGGCGGGCUGGGCGGGGGGAAGGCAGCGCAGCGGCUCCGGGGGAGGUUAUAAAGGCGGGAGCGGGUCUCCGAGCGCAGGUGAAGGGGAGAGUUGCCCGCUCGCCCCCGCGGGACCCGGCCACGCUCCUCGGCGCGAAGCCCAAAGGAUUUUUAUCCCCGACGGCAGAAGGAGCCCAGCGGGAGCGGGGAGCGCUGCCAGCCAUGCCCCGGAGAGCUGGGCACAGCUAAGGAUGCUGCCCGGCCUUCCUCCUGCCCUCCUCCUCCUCCUGCAGGCGUUUCUCCUCUGGGUUUGCCCCGUUGCAGCCUCCAUCCAAGAGCAGUACUGCGAGAGCCUGCCGCCUGUCACUAACCACACAGGUCCCCAGUGCAAUGCCUCGGUAGACCUGAUUGGCACGUGUUGGCCCCGGAGCGCGGUGGGACAGCUGGUUGCUCGCCCGUGCCCCGAGUAUUUCUACGGUGUGCGGUACAACACCACGAAUAAUGGCUACAGGGAGUGCCUGGCGAACGGGAGCUGGGCAGCGCGAGUCAACUAUUCCCAGUGCCAGGAGAUCCUCAGUGAAGAGAAGAAGAGCAAGCUGCAUUACCACAUUGCCGUCAUCAUCAACUACCUGGGGCACUGCGUCUCGCUGGGGGCUCUUCUUGUGGCCUUCGUGCUCUUCAUGCGCCUGCGGAGCAUCCGCUGCCUGAGGAACAUCAUCCACUGGAACCUGAUCACAGCCUUCAUCCUACGCAAUGCCACGUGGUUCGUGGUGCAGCUCACGAUGAACCCAGAGGUGCACGAGAGUAACGUGGUCUGGUGCCGCUUGGUCACUGCCGCCUACAAUUACUUCCACGUCACCAACUUCUUCUGGAUGUUCGGUGAGGGCUGCUACCUGCACACGGCCAUCGUGCUCACCUACUCCACCGACAAGCUCCGCAAGUGGAUGUUCAUCUGCAUCGGCUGGUGUAUCCCCUUCCCCAUCAUCGUUGCUUGGGCCAUCGGGAAGCUGUACUAUGACAACGAGAAGUGCUGGUUUGGGAAACGAGCAGGAGUUUACACUGACUACAUCUACCAAGGCCCCAUGAUCCUGGUGCUUCUGAUCAACUUCAUCUUUCUCUUCAACAUCGUCCGAAUCCUCAUGACGAAGCUCCGAGCUUCAACCACGUCGGAGACGAUCCAGUACAGGAAAGCAGUCAAGGCCACGCUGGUGCUGCUGCCCUUGCUGGGAAUCACCUACAUGCUGUUCUUUGUCAACCCAGGGGAGGAUGAGAUCUCCAGGAUCGUCUUCAUCUACUUCAACUCUUUUCUGGAGUCCUUCCAGGGUUUCUUCGUCUCAGUCUUCUACUGCUUUCUGAACAGCGAGGUCCGCUCGGCCGUGCGGAAGCGGUGGCACCGGUGGCAGGACAAGCACUCCAUCCGCGCCCGCGUGGCUCGGGCCAUGUCCAUCCCCACCUCCCCAACCCGCGUCAGCUUCCACAGCAUCAAGCAGUCCUCGGCCGUCUGAGCUGCCGUAUGGGAUGGGGGAGCCGGUGUCCCCGCUGCGUGGGGACCCCCGACAUGGCACGGCACAGGAGCCAGGUCCUGCCUGCACCCACCGAGCUCACAGAGGAUGCACAAACUCGCCACAGCCAUGGGAAACCCUACAGAAGCUCCUGUCCUACUUGCUGGGGCAGACCUGUAGGACAGGACAGCUGAGAUGCUGCUUGGUCACCUCCCUGGCAGCGCUGUGACCUGCUGGGCUGGCAGAAGGAGCCAGAGGAGGCUGGAGAGACAGCGGCAGCCUCCCUGCCUGUCUCCAUCCUGGACACAAUGCCCCAUGUCCUGUCGCUGCCUCACUUGAGUUUGUCACUGCUUUGAGGUGAUAGGACACUGGAACAUUGCUGGGACAACUUGUGGGGCUAAUCCCUUGGGAAUCUGGGUCAGCCUUCCACUCAGUGGAUGCCAAGAUGCUGCUCAGGGGGCCCUAAAACCCUCUGGGGGGCCCAAAGCCCUCUGGGUUGAUGUGGGACAGAUGGAGAGCCCGUGACUGAUUGCAGAUGUUGCUUUCCAUGGCUGUGUUUUUGUACCACCGGAGUUAUUUGAGCCCUUUCCCCACCCCUCGCCAGAUCCCAAGGAGGUCCUGUAACUGCUGCUUGGUCCAGCCUGGUCAUUUCUCACAACACUGAGGAUGUGAUGCAGAGCAAUGGGGUGGGAGAGGGAACUUUGGAGGGAACGGGGAUGGGUCCUAGGGCCUCUGAACAGCCACAUAGAGGAGGGCUUGGACUGAAGGGAGGCACAAGGCUUAGUUAAUCCUUUGGUCCUGCCUAGCCCAGGGGGGUCUACAGGUCUUGGCAAAGCUUCUGGACCUUAGGUUGGCUCCAUGCCCCUGCUCGGGGGUGGGAAGGUGAGGGAGAGCUGCAGUGAAGCAGUGGCUCAGUUCUACAAAGGCAGCUGCCAUGGGGACACACAUGAGGACACGCUCCCCUCCACCCUGCCCCACUUUUACCUCUGCAGGUGGGCUUGGUGCCAAAGCUGCUCCUUGCUCUUAGGCAGGGAAUGGGGCCAAGCCCUUCCCACGCUGGGUUAAGUGCCUUGGAGGAGCAGCAGCCUCCCUCCCCAUGCUGGGGACCACAAACCAUGUCCCGUGCAGCUCCCAAGUUCCACCAAGUCCCUGAUCCACGCCCGCUGCCCUAUUUCAUGUGGUCACCGAAAGCAGCUGAGCUGAGAGGUCCAUGAAAGGUGGACAGUUUGCCCCAAUCUUCUCACACUUUUACCAGGAGUUGGACUUGAUGAUCCUUAUGGGUCCGUUCCAACAUGGGACAUUCUAUGAUUUCUCCUCGCUGUAAGAGGUCUGAGGAUGUCGAGCAGGGGGAGGAUGCCGGAGGGGUUACGGGAUGAGUUUGCUCUCUGCAUCCCACAGAUUUUGUCACUGAGGCCACACAGGGUCUGGUAUGAGUCCCUUCACACUUCUGUGCCUCAGUUUCCCUGUUAUAAAGAACAGACAUAAGUAUUCUCCACCCAGGGGAGGUUAAAGCAUCUUUGAAAUAGUAGUACUCUGUGAUUUCCUCAGGAUAAACCACCAGAAAGAAAGAAAAUAUUUCUUUAUUUUUUUCUUUAAAGUGAGGCAUAGGCUAAAACCUCCCAGUUCUUUAUUUAAACAUUCAAGAAGUUCAAUAUUUGGAAGUAAACUCCUCCAGUUUCCCUCCCAUUGAGGUUUCCUACCUGCAUGUCUCUUGUGCAGCCCAAACCAGAAAUUUGACCAUUGACUCCAAUAACGUGCUGGGACCAGCAGCCGCUCCCAAUAUGACAGAGUGACCACAACGAGGACCGUACCCUGCACGGGGGCAGGUUUUAGUCUUUGUACUAGCUCAUCCAUCACCAACAGUCCCAAAAACUUCCCCUUAUCCAAUAUAUGGGUGAGAAAAAGACCGCCAGAUUUAUGCAAUGGGAAAACUGGCAGCUCCUGACUUUAAAGAAUGCUUUUGGAAGGGGCUGAUGCCCUGCAAGGAGUAGAUCUGUGUGUUCCCACUAUGGGUCAGUCUGAUUUAUCCGCUGGGUGCUUUAAUGGGAGCUAAUAAAGAUCUGCUGGCUACAGAGAAGAGGAAA